UGAGAUGCUGAGUGGUACAUUCCUAUCUACUACUCUCUGCUGCUCUGCCUCUCGGUCCACCAGACAGCCGAGUGCUCGCUGCACGCUGCACUGCUCCACAGCAUCACUGGCCGUGUGUGUGUCUCUAACCCUCCAGUGCUGCUUGUCUAGAUGUUCAGGAUGUGUGGUGGGUGGCCUGUGCUGUAAACGAACAACAACACUCCGGUACUCCCACUGCAAGACUCCUGGUCAGACUCGGCAGCGGCUUUGGGAUGUCUUCCCCAGGAUCUGCCAGCGGCAGCAAGAGGAAUUCUUCGGAGAUGGACCAUGCUCAGAGAGUACCGGAGGCGGAGCCUGUCCAGCCGCAGGUAAAACUAAAGGACAGGCAAAAGUUUUUUGAGGAGGCUUUUCAGCAGGACAUGGAGCACUACCUGUCUACAGGAUACCUACAGAUCGCGGAGAGAAGAGAGACAAUAGGAAGCAUGUCAUCAAUGGAGGUGAACGUGGACAUGCUGGAGCAAAUGGACCUAAUGGACAUGUCUGACCAUGAGGCAUUGGACGUCUUUCUCAACUCUGGUGGCGAGGACAACAGUGUGGCUUCACCGUUACUUGGUCCGGACGUGGAGUCGUUCACCUCUGAGAUCACUCUUCAGGUGCCCACACAGGCCGACCUGAGACACAAGCUGGCAUCGUUGUCCUCCACCUGCACGGACUCAGCCAGCCAGGACACGGAGGCGGGGGAAGAGGAGGACGACCAUGAUGAUGAUGCAGAUGAUGAGAGGGGACCAGCAGCCAUCCGCGGCUCUCCACUCAUCCAGCCAGAUCAGGAAGAGGUCGAGGCAGAUGCCACGUUACCCGAAAGAGAACAAAACCAGCCAAUCAAGAACUGUGAGAGCAGCAGCUCAUCCUGA